AUGGCAACCGAAGCACAGAACAAUAACACACGGAUAACUGCCGGCGGCAAAGAUAAACUGGUUGUCGAUCGUGAAAAGACGGUUCCUUUCUUAUUACGAAUGUUUUGGCGACAAGGCAACCACCAUCGCCCUGACGACUAUACGCCCGAACAUCUUCCAACUGAAAAUGAAGUGCAAAUAUACACUUGGAAGGAUGCUACUUUAAAAGAAAUCGCAAAUCUUUUCAGAGAAGUAAAUGCCGAGGCUAAUCAACCAAAUGCACGUUUAUCAUUUAAAUUGGUUUAUGUUGAUAAUUUACGCGGAAAAUAUACGUUUAAAGAUUUAGGUAUAGUACACAACCUGACCUCAUCCUCUGAAGAUGGCACAAACCUUGACGAUGCAAGAUUCGUUAUUGGAGAUUUUCUAGAUGUAGCCAUCUUCUAUGAGAUAGAAGGGAUGAAAGAAGGGAUGGUCGAAGCUUUAGGGAUAGAAGGAGAUAAAUUUUACUUGGAACUUUUUUUUUUAAACGUUUCAGAUUUACUCAAGUUCUUCUACUAG